UAGGAAGAGAAGCUCUUAAAAUAUAAAAAUUUUUCAUCGAAGAAUUAAGCACAAAAUCAGCUAGAUAUAUUGUAAAGAGAAUUUUUUCUUAAAUGAAAAAUAAAAACCUAAUAGUCACGAUACUAAUAUCCACUGAUUUUCUCAAUACAUUUACUUUCGGUUGCUCUAUGUUGGUUUUCUUCCUUUUAUUCUGUCAGGUAUUAGCCAAGUGUGUUCUUUUAUUUGUUCUUCGUGUACUUUCAUUCUUUUUCUGAUCUAAUAACUGUUGUUCACUUUCUUUCGUUUACAUUGUGAUUUUUUUCUGAUCUUGUCAGAUGAAUAAAAACUUUUUAUUGAAUUUGAACUAAAUAUUUUUUUUUUCUAGUACGCAUUUUUGGUAAUACGUGAGAAUGUUAUAUAUAUGUGUUCUUGUUGUUCUAAAAACGAAAUAAAAAAAAAUAAAUAUCAUACACACAACAACGUAUAUCAGCACCUAAAAGCUGAAAGAAAUGGUUUUUUAUUGGAAGAUAAAAAGUUAUCUCUAAUUUGCAUUGUAUGUAAUUUAAUUUUAUCACACGUUCAUGAACGAAAUAGUGCCAGCAGAAAGAGAGGAAUGCUUAAAAUUAGUUCGCAUUUUUCAUGCAAUGCAAACUAAUAGAAGAAAAUAUGGAGUAAACACAUGUUAGUAUUGUCGUUUUUUAUUAGUUGAUAGGACAUUUUUCCUCUUUCGAUCUGUAAAUGAAUUGAGCUUGUAAUUUGUUCUUAAACAAAGUGACAUGUGAAAAAAGAGAAACUCUCAGUGGAAGAUUUUGCAAUUUUUAUAUUGAUUUAUCUAAGAAACCUUGUCAAAGUUUCAAUCGACAACCAUUUUUUGAUAAAAAUGUGGUUUGUUCAUUUUUCAAAUGUCUCUUCAAUAUGUUGUGAGUUUUUGUUGCUGCAAUGCCUUGCUUGAAUUACAUUUUGUUCAGAGAGUUUUUCUGUAUCGUCACAUACCAUUUUGUUGAUAAAUCUAGAACAAAAUCAAACUGUAUACAGAUCGUGAAAUGAGAAAAUUUCCUGUUAGAUGAUUAAAACUGAUCAUUCCGAUAUGUGUUUACCGAAAAAGUUAUGAAAAUUGAUAUUUUCGAUCGCUAUUUCGUAUUACAUGACAAGUGCAGCCUCGUUUUAAGGUUGUUCUCGUUGCAGUUACAUCGUUGCCUUGAUGAACAUGCAACAAAAAUACAUUAUGUCUGAUUCGAAAGCGAAAAAAGCUUUUCAAUCAUUUAGAAAUGAAAUGACCAGUACUCAGGGCCUUGUAUUUGGUAAAAAUGUUCGUGCAAUCGAUGUUAGAUAUAUAUUUUUUCUCUAAAAAAUGUUUUAAUAGAUAUCUUUUCUUCAAGUAUCGUUUUAUUUAGUGAACCUAUUUUAUGUAAGAGAUCUUUACAAAUUAUUAUUGAUCUUCUCUUAAUCGAUGAUAAUCCUAGUAUUAUAACAAUGGAUUCAAAUACUAAUCGUGAUGGUAUACCUGUCAUUGCGUGUAACAGAAAUCUUCUAUUUAAAGCUGAUAUAGAUUUACCACGUUUUGCUAAUAAAACAGCAUUAGCUAAUAGUCAAUCAAAUAUUGAAUGUGUUUGUUUUAUUGAAGAUAAUCCUAAUGUUGAUAUUGUUCGUGCAAAUAUGUAUAAUGAUUUACUAAUAGAGGAAACAAAUUAA